AUGGUGGUUCAAAGUAACAUCAAACUUCUAAACACGAUGAAUGUAGUAAAUAUUCAAAGUGUUGUGAAAAUAGGUUAUCACAAUUUGAAAUGUAACAUGUUUCACAGAGAAUCAGAGACCAAACAACCAACUCGUGUAGAUAAUGUGGAUUUGGAAAUAGCAGCCGACAUUGUCGGAUGUUUUAAAGCCAAUUUUGACAACCUCACAGACUUUACGGUCAACGUUGACGACACCAAGUUCAACUGCCACAAGUUUGUCUUAAGUUCCUGCUCUGGUUUCUUUGAGGCUCUCAUGAGGACAGAUAUGAGAGAAAAAUCUAAAUCAAGCUGUACCAUAGAGGGCAUCUCUCCAGAAAUAUUUGGUCUGAUACUUGAUGUUAUAUAUAAAGGGAGAAACGUCUUAAAUGAGGAAAAUAUGAUUGAAAUUUGGCAUGCAGCAACCCAAUUGCAGAUUACAUUAUUAAUCUCAGCUUUUGAAAAGUUUGUUGAAAAAAGGAUAACUUUUGAAAAUUACAAGAUGAUUUUGCAAAACGCAGAAAUGUUAAGUUCAUCGAAGGUAAUAUCCAAAGUGAGAAAUGCAUUGGCUUCAUUUUACUUUGAUUUAGUAUCCUCUGAAAAUUUCAUGGAACUAACUUUAAACGAGCUGCUAGAUAUUCUUCAAAGUGAUCAACUCACAGUAUGCCCCGACUUUUGCGUCACUACUGUGUUACGGUGGGCAAGUGCUGAGGAUAAUUCCAGUCAGCCCGUCGUUGAAACGUCUCAAUGUUCUCAUCCAGAUAUUCCGCAGAUAAAGUCCAUGGAUUUAGAAUGUGUAGAUUCCUCAAAUCAAAUUGAUCGCAGAUCCUGUCUUGAUAAGUUGCUCGCUGUCAUCCCACUCCAAAACACCAGCAAAGAGUGUCUCACUAUGUUGAUGAAUAAUGAAUUCAUUACUGAAAAUAAAAAAGCGGUAUCAACAGUAAAUCGAAUUGCUGCUACUAGACUUGAUGUUUCUGAGCAAGAGAGAUCACUAAAAGUAGGAAACCAGCACGAUAUGUUUGGACUAGGAAAUGUAAACAACACUUUUCCUCCACACAAUAUAACAUGCAAACACUGCAAUCAAAAGGCUAUAACCAGCGGUCAACUGGAUUGAUAUUUCCUUAAUUCGAGUUCCAAUCCGACUUUUAUGGCUCAUAUUUUUAUACAUAUUCUCAAAACAAGCCAAACGUAAUUCCGAAGAAAAAAGCGUGGAUCAAUGUUGCUGUUCAUGUAAACAAUUUCCAAGCCAAAUUUCUUUAUAGCUACUAUAGCAUGAGUGGUAGUCCACAUAUGAAUCAUAUCAUCCUUCUACCUAUAGUUUUAACACUGCUCCCGUUCGAAAACUGCUACUGCCCGCUGCCGCCGAUUUCAUUUCCUUUUCAUUUAGUCUUGCGGAAUUUUGACCGCAUAACUGAAACGGUACUCAGGUUAUAAUGUUUAUAUACAAACUGACAGACAUAAGGGCAUACAGACAAAAUAAGUUUAAACAUUAGAGGGAGGUGUGAAACGACACGAUUUGUAAAAAUAUUGA